AUGGUUAUAGAGGGUAGAAUUUUGAUUGUGUGGAGGAAGGUUUUUGUUAAGCUUAAGAUCAUUGAGGAGUCUCCUCAAUAUGUUCACUGCUUGGUUUCGAUGGUUGGUCAGAAGCACAGAUUCUAUAUCACUUUUGUCUAUGGUUUGAAUACUAUAGAAGGUAGAAGGAGUUUAUGGGAAGGCUUACUUAGACUAUCUCUUGUGAAUGAAGCUUGGAUUGUUUUAGGGGAUUUUAAUGCUCCUUUUUCUGGUAUGGAUAGAGCUGGAGGAAAUCCUAUUUCUGGUGUUGAGCUGAUGGAUUCUAUUCGUUGGCUUGAGGUGGCUCAUUUGGUUCCUUUAAAGAGUUUAGGGUCGUUUUUUACAUGGACUAAUAAUCAAAGUGGUUCAGCUCGCAUCUAUUCCAAAAUUGAUCAUGUUUUCAUUAAUGAGACUUGGUUUGAUCAUUUUCCUCAUGCUACAGCAGUCUUUAAGUGGGAAGUUGUUUCCGAUCACUGCUCUUGCAUUAUCAAUUGUCAGCCUAAGGUGAGUUUGGGUACAAAGUUGUUUAGGUUUUAUAACUUUUGGGCUGUCCAUCCUCAGUUCCUGGAAGUGGUGAGGUUCAGCUGGAAUUUAUCUGUUAAAGCUACUGGUUUAAGGGCUUUGUUCUUAAAAUCCCUGAGGUUGAAGCAUGCUUUAAAGAAGUUUAACCAUAAUAAGUUUGGAGAUAUUGGUGUGAGAUAUGAUUUGGCUAAAGAUAAUUACCAGGCUGCUCAGCUAAAAGCCCAAGCUUACCCGUUAGAGGUUGGUGUCCAGCAAGAAGUUAAGGCAGCUGCUGAAGAUUUUCUAGCUCAGGAAAAAAUGUAUUAUAGUUUUUUGACCCAAAGGAGUAAAGUGGACUGGUUACAAAAGGGAGACCAGAAUACUGCUUUCUUCUUUGCUUUUCUGAAGCAAAGGAAAGCUGAUAAUGGUAUAGCCUCUUUUGUCAACGAUCAUGGUCAGCUAGUGGAUAAUUUUCCUGAGGUAGUCUCUCAUUUUGUUGGGCAUUUCAGAGGUUAUUUGGGGAGUAGGAGUUCAGCUACUGGCAGCAUUAAUUUGGACUGUAUUAAAGUGGGUUCUAAGCUUUCUAUAGAGCAGCAAACCUUGCUGUUAAAGCCCUUUUCUCCCAAGGAAAUUCGGUUGGCUCUUUUUAGUAUUCCUGCUAAUAAAUCGCCAGGUCCGGAUGGCUACGGAUCAGGUUUUUUCGAGGCUGCUUGGAAGAUUGUGGGUAAGGAGGUUUGUUCUGCUAUCAGUAAUUGCUUUGAAACAGGGAGUUUCCCUUCAGAAUUACAUGAAACUUCGCUGUCCUUAAUUCCUAAAGUGGCCAAUCCUUUUAGAGCUAUUGAUUACAGGCCAAUUGCUUGCUGCACUACAUUGUAUAAAUGUAUAGCUAAGCUUAUUUGCUCUCGGUUGGCUUUGGUCCUUCCUGCGAUUGUUCAGUCAAACCAGGGGGCGUUUAUUAGGGGUCGCUCAAUAGCUCAUAAUAUCAUGAUCUUUCAAGAUCUUAUAAAAAAUUAUGGUCGGGCUGUUACUUCUCCUAGAUGUGCCAUAAAGAUUGAUUUGAGCAAGGCGUAUGACACGGGUACUCACUCGGCUGUUUUUACUCUCAAAGCUGCGCUAGAUGAUUUCAGUUCAGCCACUGGUUUGACUAUAAAUUCAGCCAAGUCUCAAAUCUUUUUUGGCGGAGUUUCUUCUCAUGUGAGAACCUUCAUUUCUCAGGAGAUGAAUCUUAUGGUUGGGUCCUUUCCGCUCAAGUACCUUGGGGUUCCUAUGAGGCCUACUAAGUGGCGUCACGAGGACUGUGAUUUAAUUUUGCAAAAAAUCAGAUUAAGGCUUAACUCUUGGUCUAGUAGACACCUCUCCUAUGCAGGUCGUGUUCAGCUCAUACAUUCAGUUUUAUUUGGCCUUCGUAACUUUUGGAUGGGUAUCUUUGUUUUACCUCAAAGUGUGGUCAAAGAAAUUGAAAAAUUGUGUCGCAGCUUCCUUUGGGGUAGUGCUGGCCUGAGAAGUAAACCUCAUCUUGCUUCUUGGAAGAAGGUUUGCCUUCCGAAAGCUUAUGGUGGUUUGGGUUUCCGUGAUGGUGCUCUUUGGAAUAGAGCUAUUCUUGCCAAGUAUAUUUGGGCUUUAUCUGAGCAGCCUGAGAUUUUAUGGGUGAAAUGGGUGAAUUCGAUAUAUUUGAAAGGUAUUAGUUUUUGGAGUUAUACAGUGAAAUCAGAUUGUAGCUGGUAUUGGCGGAAGUUGUGUCGCCUAAAGGAGAAGUUUGGUCUGUUUGAGAUUCAGGCAGCUGGAAGAUUUGGGAAGUUUCAGCCUUCCAAGUUGUACAAUUCGACCCUAAACCAGCAAACUGUUACUUAUUGUUCAGCGGUCUGGUGUAAGCUCUCUUUACCUAAGCAUAGGUUCAUGCUUUGGCAAGUGAUUAAUGAGCAGCUCCUCACUAGGGAUAAUCUUUUGAAGCUGCAUAUUUUGGUGCCUGUUAAUCUGUGCCCAGUUUGUGGUUGCUUUCCUGAAAGUCACCAUCAUUUGUUCUUCUUUUGCUGUCUUUUUAAUCAGGUGCUUCAGCUGCUGUUUUUCUGGUUUGGCUUCUCUGCCUGGCCGAGUGAUUAUACCAGUUGGAGUGCUUGGCUUGGGAGGCCUAGGCGUGGUCUGAUGGCAGCCAUCCUUAAUCUUGCUGCUGCUCCAACGGUUUACAACAUUUGGAGGAAUAGGAAUAGAAGCUUAUUUGAUGACUAUUCUUUAUCAGCUAACUGUCUUGUUAAUGAGAUCAAAUGUGUAGUUAAAUAUAGAAUUUACAUGGUUAAUUUUAGGAAAUUUUCAGUCCCUGAGCAGUCCUUCUUAAGGCAUUUAACAUGUAAUUAG